AUGAAUCAAAAAAUUAUGUUGUUCCUUUUUAUAAAGAUUUCUACAUUUAUACUUUUAACAUGGAUAUACGAUUUUUACAGUGAGCAGAGUACUUUUAACAAAAUUAUCGAUAAAAACUAUAACCUUAGUAAAAAAUUAGAUACAAGAAAUUAUCGAUUACUGGCAAAAUAUAAACUGAAUAAUCAUUCAUAUAAUGUAUGUUUAAAAAAAAAACUUGAGGAUAAUGAAGCAAAUAAACAAAGAGAUUUGUCUAAUAAUGAAAGGAGGAUAAAAGAAAAAAAUAAACAAUCAAGCAGAAAUUUAUUAAAUAAGGCCCAAUACUAUGUAGACGUUAUAGAUUAUAAUAAUGGAAUGUUUUAUGGAAAAAAUUUUCAUUUUCAAAAGAAAUGGAUAAAAAAAAAAGAUUAUGAUAGAUUACCCAUGUCAUGCAAGUGUGAGAUGGUAAGAGCAGGUACAACAGAUACUAGAAGUAAUAGCAUAGAUCUACAGAUAAUAAAAUAUAUCAGUGAUUUACUAGGUACAAAAAAUGAAUUACAUGUUUUUAUAUUAUUAUAUACAGUAGCUUUCAUUAUAUUAGUAGUUUUAAUUAUAAUAGCUACUUAUAAGAUCUUAAGAAAUAAUGAAAAAUAUCAAAAACUUAAGUUGAUGAGAGAGUAA